UCAAAUGAAACUUCUGUUAUCCACUCAAAUAUUUUAUCCAUCCUCGUUUCAGAAAAUGGUAUAUAAUACUACAAUCAAAACACAACCAUACACCACUUGAUAAAUCUUGUUCUUUUGCCUUAAUUUUCUUUCCGUAAAGAUCAAAGAAACUACCCACUUUUCUGUUCUGUCUCCAAGUUUUCAACGAAAGCAUGCCAGGCUUCACCAUUAAGAUCACUCAGGCCUUUUCAUCCAGCCAUCCAACUAUGACCACCCCUUCCUCCUUCCUUGCAUCCAUACUCGCCCUUGCUUUCUUCUUAGCAACUUUGCCACAAUCCUACUCUCAACAACAAAACAACACCUACUCCAUUUGCAGCCAAUCUUUCAGUUGUGGAACUCUCACAAACAUAUCCUAUCCUUUCUGGGGAGGGAACCGACCCCAGUUUUGUGGCCGCAAUGGCUUCAACCUCACCUGCAUGGAUAACCGAAACACUUCGCUUCAAGUUGGUUCCAUGAACUUCCAUGUACUACACAUCAACCAAACGGCUUCCACCAUGAGAAUGGUGCGAACAGACCUUGUCUAUGAUCGCUGCUCUUCCAAUUUCACCAACACUUCUCUCAGUUCCAGUCCCUUCUCUUUCCUCCCCACCGUCCAGAAUGUCACUGUAUUCUACGAUUGCCCCUCUCAGGAUUCUGUCGGGGGAAACUCCUUUACGUGUCAGAAUGAUACUAAUAAACACGCUUUCUAUGUGGUCAAUGGAACUCAGCUGAGGCAGUUCCCGGGCCUUCAGAACUGCGGGGUUAGCGUUCUGGUGCAAGUUUCAGAGGGUGUUGUUUGGGAUUCUGGGAACGGGAUUGAGCCGCUGAAGAAAGCGUUGGAUCAAGGGUUUGAUGUGAAGUUUGAUGCAGAGUGGAGUUCUCAGUGCACAGCAUGCAGGGAUUCUGGAGGAGCAUGUGGAACGAAUGAGAAUGAUUCCGAUCAGUUUUCUUGUUAUUGCUCGGGUGGAACUCGAGGUUCAGUGUGCUCUACUCACGAAAGUAGCAGGAAUAGCAGAGUGUUGAAGCUGGUUUUAGGUUUCGUCGGUACUGGAUUUGCACUACCACUAAUCGCUGUGAUCAUAUGCCGCAACAAAGCUAGAAUUUGGAAAUUUAUAUUAAUACAAUUGGGCAAGAUCAAAAAGAAUGAUCGAAUUAUAGAAGCCUUCCUUGAAAGCCAAGGUUCUAUGGGUAUAAAGAGAUACAGUUUCUCUGAUGUUAAGAAAAUGACCGACUCCUUCAAAAUUAAACUGGGGGAAGGUGGUUAUGGAUCUGUGUACAAAGGAAAGUUACUCAACGGUUGUUCGGUGGCAGUGAAGAUACUGAACGAAUCAAAGGAGAAUGGCGAAGAGUUUAUCAAUGAGGUUGCUAGCAUAAGCAAAACAUCUCAUGUUAACAUUGUCUCUCUCCUUGGAUUCUGCCUAGAUGGAAGCAGAAAAGCCCUCGUGUAUGAGUUUAUGUCCAAUGGUUCACUUGAGAAGUACAUUCACAAGAAAUCAGCAGACAAAAAUAAAACAACUUCUCCACCCUUGGGUUGGGACAGGUUGAACCAGAUUGCAAUAGGCAUAGCUCGAGGACUUGAGUAUUUGCAUAAAGGAUGCAACACUCGGAUUCUGCAUUUUGACAUCAAGCCACAUAACAUCCUUUUGGACGAAACUUAUCGCCCAAAGAUAUCAGAUUUUGGACUUGCCAAGCUGAGCACAAUAGAUGAAAGCAUUAUAUCAAUGUCAAAUGCUAGAGGGACAGUAGGGUAUGUGGCUCCUGAAGUGUUCAAUAAAAGUUUUGGAGGUGUUUCACACAAGUCUGAUGUUUACAGCUAUGGAAUGAUGCUACUAGAAAUGGUUGGAGGACAGAAGAACAUCAACGUUGAAGCUAGUCGAUCAAGCGAACUAUAUUUCCCACACUUGGUUAUUUACAAGAAGCUUGAGCAGGGCAAUGAUCUGGGACUUGAUGGGAUAUUGUCUGGUGAGGAGAAUGAAAUAGCAAAGAGAAUGACUAUGGUGGCUUUGUGGUGCAUUCAGACAAUUCCUUCUCACAGACCUACCAUAAGUAGAGUGAUUGACAUGUUGUUAGGUAGUGCGGAUUCCUUGGAAAUGCCACCAAAACCUUUCCUCUCUUCUCCUCCAAGAUCAAAAGAUUUUUCCACUGCAAUGUCCCAAUCAUUUGAUAGUCUCUCAUGCAGCUCAUAGUUGCAUCUCUUCUGUCAGAAUUUUUUCAAACCGAACAUUCGGUAUUCAUGAUCAAAGUUUAAGGUUUGAUGUCUUUCAUUUUCAUGCAAUAGUUAUUUAAGUGUCCUUUUUUUUAUUAUUUGGGUGAUGGGCAUCAUGCAUGCAUAUGUAGACCCUAAACCCUGAAAUAACUGCAACAAUAUGAAACAGUUUGUGCCUUUCAUAUAUAUAAUAGUUACUUAUUUGCUA